CGCGAGAAACCCGAUUCCCAGUUGCGAAAACGGGCAAAUCGGGGGCUCCGUCCAGAGCGUCGUCUGGGCGUUCCACCCGCCUGUGGCAGAACUUCGCGGAACGGGCGUGUGUGUGUUGCGAGUAAUUUUUUUGCUGCCUGCAUAUACUCUCCUUGCUGUCUCUUUGCUUUCCUAGAAUUGCGCCAGCCGCCGACCCAGCCGCUGACCCAGCUGCCGACGGUUUCUUCCGCGGACUCCUUGCUGGACGGCGUCCCUUUCUGGGUUGUGUGCCCUCGUCGAGCGUAUCUCUCUCCGCGUGUCUCUCUUCAGGAUCUUUCCGCGAACUCACCUCGGAAUCUCGCGUUCAGGAAAGAUUUCGAAUCUCUUCGUCAGUCUCGCGACAGCGAGUCAACUCCCAGGGACCGUCCAUUCCGGAGCGUCUCGAUUUCGCUCAGGGUCGCUCCCGCGUCCGUUCGAGCGGCGGCGACGCCCGUCGUCUGCGUUGCUUCUCAGCGUUCUCGGUCAGAAGAAGACGGCUCUUUUUUCCGGCAGAACAGUGCCUUCCGUGUAGCCUUGUGGACCUCUUUGAGAUCCUCUCUUGAGGGUCGAUUCCGCACUGCGUGAGCUAGGGUGCGAGGCCCAGACAGGCUUUUUCUCGUUCCGCCUUUUUAUGCGCGGCUUUCUGCGGCCGCCAGGGGCACAGAAACGCAGUGCACAGCUCCUCCUCACGCGGACACUGACGGCAGAAAAGGGUGGAGAAGACCUUCUCGAUCUAAGCCAGGGGCAGACGCCGCAGUCUCUGCAAGUCCGCGCGAAAAAAGCGUCCGUUCCUGCUUUUCUCUCCGGAGACGAGACAGAACCGAGCUCUUUUGGAGGCGUUCGAAGACAGCAGCGAAACCGGGAAGAGUACGGAGGCUUCUGGGCGGGGACGCCCAUGCACAGCAGUCACAAGUUGCGGUGCUUCGUUCGCAGAAGGUAAGAAGCCGGAUCGAGAAGAGUGUCUCGGGAGAGCCGUUUUUUCCCGGUGUCAUUGGAGAUCGGAAUCAGUUCUCUGCGCGACAGGUUCUGUCGGCGACGCCAACGGCAGGCUUGUUGCGAAGCAUCCGAAUUUGC